AUGGCGGUUGCACAGUUAGUCUCUCUCUUCGAGACUCUCCACGAAGAAGCAUCCAUUAAACCAAUGCCCAGGAGCUUUCGCAGCCACACCUCGUCCUCGAAAGUCCGCCUCCAUCUCCAGACCAUCUUCAGUCACAACCCUCUGCACCGAUCGUCGGCAAAGAGCCCCUCCGGCAACAUGACCUCGACCUCGUCCUCGUCCACGUCAUCAUCCAUCCAUUCCUCGCCCAGUUCCUCCUACAGCAGCUUUGGCCGCCGACAACUAGUACCUACCCACGACCUCGACUCGGCCGUCCUCUCCCCCAUGUCAGCACUGUCGAGCCACCAUAUCCGGCGCCAACCCUCUGCCAUCGACCUCGUCCUCGAGGCGGAACGGUACGCCGAUGAAGCUGAGAUGAUCGGGCUAGGACUGCUGGAACCCAGACCCAGAGCCAACACGACUGCUUCGACAACAACAUCCUCUACACAGUGCUCCAUGAUGGAGUUCAUGAAUGAGACCAUGCAAACGCCGGUGGUGUUGGAUGGGAUCUUUGAGGUCAUGGAACGUGCAUAA